CCUCCCGAUUACUGAGUUUAGAUCAAAGAAGGAAUAACCCGGGCUAAAAUGGCCUCUUUGGGGGAACCUGUACGGCUUGAAAGAGACAUAUCCCGUGCCAUUGAGCUUUUGGAUAAGCUCCAGAGAACAGGGGAGGUUCCCCCGCAGAAGCUUCAGGCUUUGCAGAGAGUUUUGCAGAGUGAGUUUUGCAACGCUGUGCGUGAGGUAUAUGAGCACGUGUAUGAGACAGUGGAUAUUAACAGUAGCCCAGAGGUCAGAGCCAACGCCACAGCAAAGGCUACGGUAGCAGCAUUUGCAGCCAGUGAAGGGCACUCACACCCGCGGGUCGUGGAGCUGCCCAAAACAGAGGAGGGCUUAGGCUUCAACAUCAUGGGUGGAAAGGAACAAAACUCGCCCAUCUACAUCUCGCGCAUCAUCCCGGGAGGCAUAGCAGACCGCCACGGGGGCCUGAAAAGAGGCGACCAACUGCUGUCCGUCAACGGGGUCAGUGUGGAGGGAGAACACCAUGAAAAGGCAGUGGAGCUGUUGAAGGCUGCUCAGGGCACAGUGAAACUGGUGGUCAGGUACACCCCUAAAGUCCUGGAGGAGAUGGAGUCUCGUUUUGAGAAGAUGAGAUCAGCCAAACGCCGGCAACAGAACAACUAUCCUCGUUAGUGUCCCUUAUCCGUGGGCCUCUUAAUCAUCUCCUUCUCUCUCCCUCCCUCCCUCCUUAACAGCCAUCUGUCUCAACCUCCCUCUCUCCUCCUCCUCUUUCUA